UAAAGACUCCUACUAAUUUUGCUCUUCCGCUGUUUUGUGAAAUUUUGCGUAAACUGUAAUAUCUGCACAGUCGGAGCGGACAAAAUGUCUGCCGGCGUCGUGAACCUCCAGGAGCAGGUGGAAUCGGUGCUGGGUGCGCUUGUCAAAGCGGCCACGGUGGAGUUGACCAAACUGUUCGAGAGCAAAUACCAAGCCUCGGCUGUCGAUAUGGAGGUGGGCCGCAAUGAAGACAAAAGGGUAAAUGAAACAUUGGAGAAACCGGAUAGUUUAUCGACUGCCGACACAAAGCGCAGCAUCGGAGUGCAAGUGGACGACGGUAUUUAUCCGCUGUGGGAGCUUUCUGGUUCCCCUCUCCUCUCAGAUGGUGAUUGUCUCGGCGAGUGUAAGGGGGAGGUGGCGGAGAAGUGUUUCAUUCCACCCGAAAUCCUCCUGGCGGAAAAUAAUGGCCAUGUUGACCCCGAGUGGUCGCCUCUGAAAGAACAGGUUUUAGCAGGGACUGUGGAAAUGGUGGAAUUAAGUGUCCUUGAAACAGAGUCUCCAACUGAUAGUGACGCCCAAACAGAAGUUGUUUUGCAUGUCUGUGCAGAGACAUGGACAGACGCAUUAAUACAUGGAUCUACGCAGAGCUCUCCAACUAAACAAAAGCCUUUAGUGAUCCAGCCAGACACAAGUGGUAUCACUUCUGGGCAGAAGUUUGUUUGCCCAUUGAUCCUAAAGCCAGAGUCACCAGCUCCCAAAUCUGAGAGUUUAAAGGAGCCCGUUCAGGCCGAGCCUCAGCAAGCCUGUGUCAGCACCGCCAAAGGCACCGCCUACAGCCCGUCCCCAUCUGAUGGAGCCGUGACUCCUGUUCAGGUUGGGGUUUGGGAACGGAUCCAGACGCCAAAGGAGACGAAGAACAAUCUCCAAAUGAAACUGAAACUGACUUGUCCAGAUCAAAAGCUGAUGCGUCCCUGUGCAGUACAACUUGUGAACAUGCUCAUGGUGCCCGAUUCAGAGAUGAAGCUUCAGGAUGAUGACACUAACUGCAAAAGUGGUUGGCGUCUGCCCAAAGACCUCCGUCGCCACCAAGGUCCUCACACAGGCCAUCGCCUCUGCUGCUUCACCCCAUGUGGAAACGGCGUUUGGCGUCUCCAAGGGGUCGUCACCCACUCCCGCAACGGAUAUGAUUGCAACAUCUGCGGGAAAACGUUCAAACGCAGAAAGAUUCUCCGGAGGCACGAGCGCUUCCACACCGGAGAGAAACCGUACUCGUGUUCGGUGUGCUCAAAGACGUUCGCGUUGAGGAAGAGUCUCCGCCGACAUGUGAGAUUCCACACGGGGGAGAGGCCGCACAACUGCACGCAGUGCGGCAAAAGCUUCCGUCUGCGAGACAAUCUGAAAGCACACUUGAGGUUUCACACUGGAGAAAAGCCCUUCAGCUGCACUACGUGUGGGAAGAUGUUCAGGAUCAUGAGGAAUCUGGACAAACACAAACUGAGCCAGUGUGAAUUCUUUGUCCCUUCAUUCAGGACGAUUGCUGGCUUGUAGCUGUGGGAAAACAGCUGUCAGUGGCCGGUUGUGUUUUCUACCUCAGACUCUUUUUUUUGGAGACAAAGGUCAUGUGAAGUUGAGAUAGGAAGAGUCAAAGCUACGAGAGAUACAAAUCAAGACUAUUUGCUGAGAUUGAAAGCCAUUCCAGAGAGGUUUAUGUUUAAACGACAGUAAUCGCAGUUGUAGUUUGAACCAGGCUUUUUUUUUUUCUUUUUCUUUUUUUUUUAUAAACAUAUACUACUGAUGUUUUUGUAUUAUUUGUCUUUGUUUCAUAUAUCUUGCUGUAUCUUUUCUCUUGUGAAUGUGGACCAAUAUUGGGACCGGGGCAGUGUGUAAAAGUUUUACAACUACUCAACACUUUUUAGCAUUACACCAUCUUAGAAACACGUGGUCAGUCUGCAAGGAAUUCCCUCCUCCUUGCACUUUUAACCAGUUAAACUACAUCAGUUCUCUGCUGCUGUUUGGACAUUGUUGUGUUUUGUAAAUGGAUUGAAAAGCAUCAGUAAAAUAUUCUUUCCUGUUUCAAACUUUUUCUUUUUAUGUCAUUUAUUUCUUCUGUUAUGAUUACUGAAUGUAUGUAGACUACUUCUUCCUCCUUCAACCUAGUAGCCAUGCUGACUUUAUUAGAAAUCUGAUUUCAAUGUUUCACUUGGAAUAAUAAUUGUGCUAUGAUGAGUACAUAUGGUCAAACAUAUGUUUUCUUUAUAAAGACAUAAAAAAGGUUUAUAUUCCUUAAUACUACACUGACAAAUGUAUGUCUUCAUCUUUUUCAGCUUCUGAUGCUAUAUAACAUUUUUUCUUUUGUAUUAAUAAAAAAAAAAUG